AUGCAGGCUAGUAACGAGGGCGUCGAUUGGAAGCGUCUGACCGACGAAAAGGGUCACUUCCAGCGCCCUGCCACGGUUAUUCGAAAUUUCAUUUCAAGGGAGUCAGGCUCGAGAUUUCCAGCUGAGCGAGGCAGGUAUCAUCUCUAUGUGAGCUAUGCUUGUCCAUGGGCGCAUCGAGUUUUGAUCGCCCGCAAGUUGAAGGGCUUGGAGGAUAUCAUUUCCUUCUCGGCUGUCCACUGGCAUCUUGACUUUCAGACCGGUGAGUUCCCGAGGCUCUCGCAUAAUCUAGGACUAACUGACAGCGAAGGAUGGCGCUUUGCAACCCCAGCCGACACAGAUGCCGAAGGCGAAAACGUCGUUCCAGAUCCGCUGCAUGACAACUUCACUCACCUACGCGAAGUAUACUUUGAGACAGACCCAGACUAUGCAGCAAGAUUCUCCGUGCCGGUUCUAUUUGACAAGAUCCAGCAGGUCAUUGUGAAUAAUGAAAGCAGCGAGAUCCUGCGCAUGUUUGGAACUGAGUUCGAUGAUCUGAUCGAGGAAAAGUACCGGGCUGUCUCCUUGUACCCCCCAGAGCAUCAGCAUGAGAUUGACGAGGCGCACGAAUGGCAAUAUGACAACAUCAACAAUGGGGUUUACAGAUGUGGAUUUGCAAGUACACAGUAUGCCUAUGAUCAAGAUGUAAUGGCAUUGUUCGGGGCGCUGGAUAGAGUCGAGGCUCAUCUGGCUGCUAACCCGGGACCCUAUUGGCUUGGCAAUAACAUAUCUGAGAUUGACAUAAGACUAGUAUGGGACACUAAGCUCCUGUUUAACUUUGUAACUAUCAUCCGGUUUGAUCCGGUCUAUACAUACCACUUCAAGUGCAACCUAAGGGAUAUUCGGUCUGGUUACCCCCAUAUUCACAAAUGGCUCCGUACCCUCUACUGGGAAGUGCCGGCGUUUAAGGACACAACAAAUUUCCUUCAUAUCAAGAAUCAUUACACUAGAAGUCAUAUUAAUCUUAACCCAUCCGCCAUCACUGCGGCCGGGCCAUCGCCAGACAUCCUCGGGCCAGCCGAAGACGUUGCUGCAGCCAAGUUCGCCGCUCAACGACGACAGUAG